AUGACGCAAAGUAAUGGCACAAAGGGGGCCUCGUUGGCAAGCCCCGAGACCCUGAACAGGGCCCAGGAAGUUUCAGAUCUUAUCGAUGCCGUCAAGAGCCUAGCCAUUCCCUUCAUUGGCGCUGCCGACGAGGCCGCCGCAACCAAGAGUCGGGGAGGUGCUCCGGCCACCAAUGGCUCCAACGGCUCCAACGGCUCCAACGGCCACGCGCCGACGAGGACCAGCUUGGUAGAGACCAAGACGCCGCAGGAGCUGCUCCAGGCCCUCAAGUUCUCUCUGCCCGAGGGCGAAGGCCAAGGUAAGGAGGGCCUGGUACGGGUGAUGCAAGAUGUGCUCCGCUACAGUGUCAACACCUGGGACCAGGGCUUCAUGGACAAGCUCUAUUCCAGCACCAACGCUGUCGGUGUGGCUUCAGAGCUGUUGCUGUCCAUACUGAACACAAACCUGCAUGUAUUCCAAGUUUCGCCCGCGCUCACCGUCAUCGAGAAGGCGUCGGGACGUGCACUCGCGAGGCGCUUCGGUUUCGAUGGCCCCAGGGCAGGAGGUCUCACCAUGUCUGGGGGUAGUGCCUCCAACUUGACCUCCAUCGUCAUCGCCCGCAACACCCUUUACCCGGAGUCCAAGGCCGACGGUAAUGCGCCGCAUCAGUUCAUCCUCUUCACGAGUGCGCACGGUCACUACUCGGUGAAGAAGGCUGCCCAAAUAUGCGGCAUAGGCUCAAACAAUGCCUGGUCUGUCCCGGUCGACUCCGAGGGCCGCAUGAUCCCCUCCAAGCUGCGUGAGCUCGUGCUCAAGGCCAAGGCUGAGGGAAAGACGCCGCUCUAUGUCAAUGCCACUGCUGGCACCACCGUCAUGGGCUCCUUCGAUCCUUUCGAGGAGAUUUCGGAUGUCUGUAAGGAGUUCAAUCUGUGGAUGCACAUCGACGGCAGCUGGGGCGGCCCGGCCAUCUUCUCCGCCCAGCAGCGCCACAAGCUGCGCGGCUCCCACCUGGCUGACACCAUCACCAUGAACCCUCACAAGAUGAUGAACGUGCCCGUGAGCUGCUCCUUCCUGCUGGGCCGCGACAUGAGCAUCUUCCACAAGGCCAACACCCUGCCGGCGGGAUACUUGUUCCACAACGAUGAUGCCGAGUCGGAAGAGGUGUGGGACCUGGCGGACCUGACCCUGCAGUGCGGCCGCAAGGGCGACAGUCUCAAGCUCGCCUUGUCGUGGAUCUUCCACGGCGCUGCCGGCUUCGAGCGGCAGAUAGACCACGCCUUUGACAUGGCGGCCUAUCUGGCGACCCUCGUGCAGAAGAAGGACAACUUCGUUCUCGUGUCGACUAACCCGCCUCCUUGCCUGCAGGUGUGCUUCUACUACGCGCCUGGGGGCAGGCUGUCCGAUAGCAAUGAGGGCAACACGGCGAGGACGAGAGACAUGGUGCACAAGCUGAUCUCGAGAGGCUUCAUGGUGGACUUUUCCCCUGGCGAAAGGGGCAGUUUCUUUCGCGUCGUGGUGAACUGGCAGACGCUCAGGGGCACGGUCGAGGGGCUUGUGCGUGCCAUUGAGGAGAUUGGAAAGGAGAUGGAGAGCUAG